CCUUCGAAGAGCACCUCCCGGCCGGCGUGGAGCCUGGCAGCUGCAGGCUGGCGUCGGACUCCGCAGGGGCGAGCCAAGGCCGUCGCAGAGGGCGGGACGCGCAGGGGCGGUGGGGCGCGAUCUCCCGUGGGCCCCCGGGCGGCGCUGAGCAUGCCGGGAGUGGGAGUCCCCGCGGCCGUCUCCUGCCAGUGCCCCGGAGCCCAGGGCCGCGGCCGUCCGAGGACGAGGGCGGAGCGGCCGCCGCGCCUGCGCAGAAGGCCGGGGCCGGCUAGACGCGGGCGGCGCGGGGGAGAUGCAUAAGCUUAAAUCGUCUCAGAAGGACAAGGUCCGCCAGUUUAUGGCAUGCACUCAGGCUGGCGAGAGAACUGCUAUCUACUGCUUAACGCAGAAUGAGUGGAGACUAGACGAGGCCACGGACAGCUUCUUCCAAAAUCCAGACUCGUUCCACAGGGAGUCCAUGCGGAACGCUGUGGACAAGAAGAAGCUGGAGCGGCUGUACGGCAGGUACAAAGAUCCACAAGAUGAAAACAAAAUUGGAAUCGAUGGGAUUCAACAGUUUUGUGAUGAUCUGAGCCUGGAUCCUGCCAGUAUCAGUGUAUUGGUCAUAGCGUGGAAGUUCAGGGCAGCAACUCAGUGUGAAUUUAGCAGAAAGGAAUUUCUAGAUGGCAUGACAGAACUUGGGUGUGACAGCAUGGAGAAGCUAAAGGCUCUUCUGCCAAGACUGGAGCAGGAGCUGAAGGACACAGCCAAAUUUAAAGAUUUUUAUCAGUUUACCUUCACCUUCGCUAAGAACCCAGGGCAGAAGGGUUUAGACUUAGAAAUGGCUGUUGCAUAUUGGAAAUUAGUGUUAUCUGGAAGGUUUAAAUUUUUAGAUCUCUGGAACACAUUCUUACUGGAACAUCACAAAAGAUCAAUUCCAAGGGACACAUGGAACCUCCUACUGGACUUUGGAAACAUGAUUGCGGAUGAUAUGUCUAACUACGAUGAAGAAGGAGCUUGGCCCGUUCUUAUAGAUGAUUUUGUAGAAUAUGCACGGCCAGUAGUCACAGGUGGAAAACACAGCCUUUUCUAGGCAGCAAGUUAAGCAGGAGUAAGAUUAUGAAAUGAUUUGUAUCCUGCAAGGAGAUUUUGGUCAGUUCCUGGGUGCAUUGUCGCUGAUUCCAGAAGUCAUUCUUGACCAGCCAUGAAACCAGAGGAGCCAUCCCAUUCUGCCGGAGGACAGCAGCGGCUGCUUUGUGGACACCGCAGGAAGUUCCUCGGGACACGGCUGCUUUGGGAUGUUUGGAGAUUUGUCAUCAUAGCUAUUGUGUUAGGAAAUUUCUGCAUGAUUUUUUAAUAUUUACAAAACACUAAGGUAGAGCCAUAGCGUCGCCUGUGGGACCGCAGAGCAUGCUGCAUAGCUCGCGCCGCCAGGAGAACCAGCAUCCAGCAGAGCGCUGCCAAAUGACGUUGCAGUCGCACUGGAAACACAGCAUGUGUCCUCUGCAGGAUGCUGCGUUUUUAUACAAGUCAAAGCUGUUCAGAAUGUGCCCUAAAGGAGAUGAUCUUGUCGUAGAGUCUAAUGUUUUUUAAAAUUGGUGCCAGGAAUUCAAGAUUUAUAUUUUUUGAAUUAUCGAAUAUCUAGAUUUACCAGCUCUAUUUUUGUUUUCAUUUUCUGUAGAUAUUCAUCUGAAAAUCAUUUUAUGGUUCUCAGUCCCCAUGUAGCUUUGCACAGCAACGGCACACGUGGCACGAUUCCAGCAGUUUAUCUCACACCAUUUAUACAUCAGUGGGCCUCUCUUACUUAAAUAUUAUUUGACCUGCCUAAGAAGCUUCAUAAAGUAUGUUUUUUAAAAUAUAUUUUAAUUACAUUUAAAAAGACAUUUUUCCAUGAAAAACAUUUCUUUUAUGAGUGAUGAAAUUAUAGAUUUUAAAAUCAAGGCUGGGCACCAUGGCUCACACCUGUAAUCCCAGCACUUUGGGAGGCCGAGGCAGGCGGAUCACGAGGUCAGGAGAUUGAGACCAUCCUGGCUAACACGUGAAACCCUGUCGCUAC